CAACACGGCAGCAAGCAAGUGGGCAAGAAGGCAGCGUCGGAGCAGAUGACAAAGGAGCCAAUGCCAGGCGCGUUGGUGGCUGCGAGGACGGGGUGCUACGCUCUCUGCACAGGCGUGGGCGUCUCUUCCAUCGCAGUGGGGCGUCGUUGGACGUGUGGGCGAUUUGUGCGUGACGUGAGCUGAUGCCACGGUUUCGAGCAGUAAGAAAGCUUUUCGAGUAUUUAAAGCGCUUUUUAAGAGAAACUCCUUCAUAUCCACGGGGGUCAUCCUGUUUUCGGUAGCUUGAUCCACCCGAGCACGAUUACGGAAGACACCCAGACCAUGCAUCGCCCGGCAGCACUCCUCGCUGUCCUCGGACUCCUCGCUCCGCUUACGCAUGCUACCCAAGGCGACGGUAGCAGCUCGCUCAUGCUGUGGCCAUCUAGCGUUGAUGCCAAGUUGUCGAUCUCGGACGCCAACGUGGUGACGCCGACCGCUGCUAUCAUGGGCGUGCUGGACGCGUCGCUCGAGCUCGCCCUCGAGGCUGCGCCAUGGCCUGCUGCAAUUGCGUCGGUCGACAUUGCAUUCGUGCCGUCCGUAUCGGCGCCGAGCUCGACGUGGGUCGAGUACCUCGCGCAAGAGCAAGCCAUGCCCGUCAGCUCCGAAGGCAUCCACGUGCGCGUGACGCCGGCUGCAGCGUCAACCGCCACGUCGCUCGAGAUCCAGGGCAACGCGACCGCCCUCUUGACGCACCUCCUCGGGACGGCCUUUGCGCCGACCACGACCUAUCGCUUCGCCAACGCCUCGUGCGAUCUGCCGGCGUACGCGACGAACGCAUCGCGCGCGUCGAUUCCCUUUUGCUACGUGGCGUCGCGGGACGUCCUCGCGCUCCCCGACGCGUCGACGCCGUCGUUCUUUGCCGCCACUGGCGCGUCACCUCUCCAGCGCGCGCUCUCCUCGCGCUUCCCCACGGCCAUCGUCGCUGCGUGGACGCACAUCUUCACGCACGUGAUCGUCGCUCCCAUCGACCGCACCCUUGCCCAAGUCGUGCUGCGUCAAGUGGCCGAGACGGCCGACGCGAUCUCGGCGACGACCCGUGAUGUGCGCAUCGCCAUCGUCGAGUCGAUCGAUGCUAAUGGUCGCGUGUCCUUUCUGGAGCUCGAGGGUCAAGACCGCAACUCGUACGUGGCGCCGCGCACGGUGUCGCGUGUCUCGGGCGUGGAAGCGUCGAUUGUCGGGCACGGUUUCCACCAAACCAUGGCGAUCGACAUGACUGUUGCCGUGGCGCCCAAGGCGGACGAGACGUGCGCGGUCCUCGUUGUGCAGCCGUUGCCCCAGACAGCCUACGCCGACAUGGACGAGUUGCGCCGCCUCGAACGGUUUGGUGUGUUUGAGCUGGUUGCGUUCAGCAAACACAUUGAAAUUGAGCGGCCCGCGGCCAUCUCGACCGAGCACGUGGUCGCGUUUGUCGCUAGCUUGCCCCCGACCGGCCGAUUCCGUCUCGAGUACCCCGUGCAUUUUCGGUACCAAUCGCCGGCCAAGGACUUGCUGUAUCGUCCGUCGGUGGUCGUCGCGCCAUCGCUCUAUGUGCGCUGCACAACGGAUGUCACUGCCAGCGCCACCGAGUGGACUUCGGUCGUGUCGCCUUUGGCCCAGCCUGCGGUCUCGGUCGAGAUUCCUGUCGGCAACCUCUCGGACGGCCGGGUCGUGACCUCUGUGACGCUCUUUGUGAGCAUUGUCGGCUGCCUCCUCCUCUACAAGUCGUUCCCGUCGACGGCCCGAUCGACGUUGAAGCAGGCAACGAGCUGGCGCCCCAAGCACGAUUGAGACGACAGCCAUUACACUCGAUUCAUAAGUCGGCCAACUCGGGCGGCAUGCCUCGAAACGAGUGCGGCCCGGAGCGUGCAGGCGGUAAACUCUUGGUCGACAG